AUGACUCUCCCGCAAACCAUGAAGGCCGUCGUCUUCGACGGACCCCGCAGCAUCUCUGUCCAAGACCGGCCAGUCCCCCAGAUCAAGGACGAUGAAGAUGUCAUCGUCAAAGUGAGCGCCACUGCUCUUUGUGGCUCCGAGCUGCAUGUUUAUCGUGGUCACCAACCGUCAGGAACUGGAUUCAUCAUGGGGCACGAAUUCACUGGCACUGUGGUAGCUACAGGCCCGGCGGUCAAGUCAGUAGCGAUUGGUGACAAAGUCGUGGCUCCCUUCACAGCAUCCUGCGGCAAAUGUUUCUUCUGCCUCAAUGAUGCCACUGCACGUUGCGAGAAGUCCCUGCUUUUCGGAUCGGCCAAGCUCGAUGGUGGCCAGGCCGAAUAUGUUCGCGUCCCCCUAGCAGAUGGAACAGUUUCUAAAGCGCCCCCAUCCAUCUCUGAUGAGGCUCUCAUUCUCAUGGCGGACAUCUUUCCAACUGGUUUCUUUGGCGUCAAGUCGGCACUCAGCCUUGCGCCGCCUACCCUCAGCGUCCAGCAGUCCACCAUGGUCGUUAUUGGAUGCGGUCCCGUUGGUCUGUGUGCGAUUGUUGCGGCGGCCGAGUUGAAGCCCAAGCAUUUGUUUGCAAUUGACAGUGUCGAUAGCAGACUUGAGCAGGCGAAGCAACUUGGUGCGGAGCCCCUGAACUUUGCCAAAGACAAGGAGGGAAUGUUGGCCAGAAUCUUGGGAGUCACCGAUGGGAGAGGCGCAGACUUGUGCGUUGAGGUGGUGGGACUUUCGCCAGCCUUAAGGACAGCUUUUGACAUUGUGAGGCCAUUUGGGGUGAUUAGUAGCAUUGGUGUCCACAAUGCAGAGAUUCCGUGGUCUGGGAGCGAGGCAUAUGGCAAAAACCUCCGCCUACAAAUGGGCCGAUGUCCAGUUCGUAGCAUCUUUUCCGAGGCACUUGUUCUGCUUGAGAAGAAGCAGCACCUGCUUGGCUUCAUGUUUGAAAACAUCAUGCCGCUUAAUGACGCUGUACAAGGCUAUGCCUUGUUUGAUGAAAUGAAGGUCCAGAAGGUUAUCUUCAAGCCAUGA